AUGGUGUCCGACGGUGCUUCGUCAAUCUCGGUCACCGUUCGUGUACGGCCAUUCACCAUCAGGGAAGCUGCGCAACUCACAAAAUGUGACGAUUCUACAAUCUUCCUCGGCGAUGGCUCUCUCGCUGCCGCCCCUACCCCUAAACUCACACAGAAAGGCAUUCGUCCUGUAAUCAAAGUGGUCGAUGACAAGUGCCUUGUUUUCGAUCCUCCGGAAGAUAACCCUGUUCACAAAUUCUCCCGCUCCGUUGUCCCUACUGGAAAGCGAGUCAAAGAUCAAACCUUUGCAUUUGACAGAAUAUUCGACGAGAACGCCUCGCAAGCCGAAGUGUACGAGGCCUCUGCAAAGCCCCUGCUAGACAGUGUUUUGGACGGAUACAAUGCCACCGUCUUCGCCUACGGUGCCACUGGCUGUGGCAAGACACACACAAUCACUGGUACCGUCCAACAGCCAGGUGUAAUAUUCAUGGCAAUGCAAGAAUUGUUCGAACGAGUAGGCGAGUCUGCGGCGGAGAAGGUCACAGAGAUCACCCUUUCAUACCUCGAGAUCUAUAACGAAACCAUUCGCGACUUGUUGGCGCCCUCGACUUCGAAAGGCGGUCUGAUGCUCAGAGAAGAUGCCAACCAGACCGUAUCCGUUGCCGGUCUUUCGACUCAUCGCCCUCAGAAUGUGCAGGAAGUCAUGGACAUGAUCAUGAGGGGAAAUGAGCUACGAACAAUGUCACCGACAGAAGCCAACGCCACAUCUUCACGUUCCCACGCAGUCUUGCAAAUCAACGUGGCGCAAAAAGAUAGAAAUGCAAGCGUUGAGGAACCACACACUAUGGCGACUUUGAGUAUCAUUGAUCUAGCUGGCAGUGAACGUGCAAGUGCAACCAAGAACCGCGGCGACCGUCUCCUGGAGGGCGCCAACAUCAACAAGUCACUCUUAGCUUUGGGCAGCUGCAUUAACGCCCUUUGCGAUCCUCGCAAGCGAAAUCACGUUCCCUACAGAAACUCCAAACUUACCCGCCUACUGAAAUUCUCUCUCGGAGGUAAUUGCAAAACAGUGAUGAUCGUCUGUGUCAGCCCCUCGAGCGUUCAUUUCGACGAAACCCAGAAUACCCUUCGUUACGCCAACAGAGCCAAAAACAUUCAAACCAAGGUCACUCGAAACGUGUUUAAUGUCAAUCGGCAUGUCAAGGAUUUCUUGGUCAAGAUCGAUGAGCAGAUGGCAUUGAUUAAUGAAUUGAAGGCUCAGCAGAAAGAUGCCGAAGCCCUAGCCUUUGCCAAAUUCCGGAAACAAAAUGAGAAGAAGGAGAGCAUUGCAAGGGAGGGUGUGCAGAGGAUCAGAAGCGCUUUCGAAAACUCGGCCAACGAGCGGCAAGAAAGAACUGUCAACAUGGUCAAAUUGAAGCAGAUUGGAAGAAGAAUUGCCAUGUUGGCGUCCUGGAUCGCAGCUUUUGACGAAGUCUGUGAUAAUGCGGGGAGUGAUGAAGCCCUCAACAACAUGCAAGCAGUCAAGAAGACUGCCCAUGGAAUUAUGGUUGAACUGGAAACUAGUCGACAUCAUUGUCAACAGAAAGUUCAUAAAAGCUCUUGGGAUCGCGCAAUGAACACUGCUUUGGAGCACAGUCUGCGACAACUGAGCGAGGUUGACACUGGCGAUAUGGUUGAUUCAGAAAUGCUGCGCCGAGAGGUUGAGCUGCUCCGUUCAAGUGCUGAACGGGAAGCGCUGGCCGCUGUCGCCGACCAAGAAAAGUCUGGUGACGCACCAACCAUCCAGGUGUUGCUACGAGCUCUGUUUGAGGUGAUAUCGUCAAUUGAGAACUUGAAUCGCAUGACUGUGGAUGAAGCGGUCGAAGCAGCUACUCAAGUUCUAGGCAAGAUGUUGAAUGCUUCUUCCGCUGCCACUUCCUAUGUCGUUAAACCAGAUGGCAGCCUGGCUGCUGUAGAGGCAUUUGCACCAACCAAAGCAGGUACUCCGAAGAAACGAAAGCAAACUUUCAGCAACUCAAUCUUGGAAAGCAGCCCCUCGCGAGCUAAGACACUCCCUGUUCUAGUGCCACAGGUAUCAAUUGCAUCCCCGAAAAUGUCUCCACGACGACGAGGACUUCUGGGUGCCGCAAAGAAGGGCGUUUCUUUCACUCCUAAGAAGAAGAGAUCUCCAACUAAAAUCGCCAAGCGAGCGGUGAGGUGGAGGGAUGAUACAGAGGAUGGGGCUUUGGCAGAGUUCGAAAAGACACCACAGAAGUUCACCCCAUCACCCUGCGACGAGUCAACAAGCGAGAUCACCCUCCCUCAAGUCUCCGAUCUUGCAGCCUCGCUCGCACAGCUUCGCACUCAAUCUCCCGACUCGUCUCCCAUCCUUCCACCCCCCGAGUCAUCACUUGGUGCCCAGGCCAAGAGUUCCCGAUUUCAGGCAGGCUUCCUAUCUAAGAAAUACGAUGGCUCACCACUCUCUGCCAGUAUGUUGCCACCCAGAAUGACACCACUCUCGUCAUCAGACAGUGAAGGUUCUCCUUUGAGAGAGCUGGACGCUGGCAAAGCAUCUAACAGACGCUCGCUAGCCACUGUGAACAUGAAUAAACCAGCUAUGGAUGGAUCUGCAGACAGUGACAGUAUGGGGUCUUCAGCAUCAGGGUCUGAUAUCGAGAACCAAAAUCGAAAUGGCAAAGAUGAUGCUUUAAAGAUCCGCGAUGCAGUUCGGCGAUCGAGCUCGGUCCGACGCUCGGGAGUUAAUGGUUCACGAACGCAACGCCGCCGAUCACCUACUGCUGCGACAGCAACUGCAGGUUCACCGCCAAACGAGAACAUGUUCGGGCCAAGCCAUGUACGAAGAAUGGUGACGGGCAAGACCGAAAAAGAAAAUGAAUGGAGAGUGGGCGUCUUGAGCCCUCGUGUUCAAGGCGUCAUCAGCCAUACCAAAAGCUUGGGCGCACUCAGACGUACAACUUUGACAGGCUUGGAUGUCCGCUCAACUCCAACUGCCGCGGAGAGAUCAGGCGGCCGAAUGAGCUCUGUCACGCCUUCGCAUGGACACGCGUAUUCGUCCUCCAGAGGAAGCCUCAUGCCUGGGGGCAAGGCUGUCUGGCGUUGA